AUGGAGGAUUCAAUGGACAUGGAUAUGAGCCCCUCGAGGCCCCAAAACUAUCUUUUUGGUUGUGAACUAAAGGCUGACAGAGAUUAUCCCUUCAAGGUGGAUAAUGAUGAAAAUAAGCACCAGUUUUCUUUAAGAAUGGUCAGUUUAGGGGCUGGAGCAAAGGAUGAAUCACACAUUGUUGAAGCAGAGGCGAUGGAUUAUGAAGACGGUCCAAUUAAAGUAACACUGGCAACUUUGAAAAUGUCUGUACAGCCAACGGUUUCUCUUGGGGGCUUUGAAAUUACACCACCUGUGGUCUUGCGGUUGAAGUGUGGUUCAGGGCCUGUGCAUAUCAGAGAACAGCACUUAGUAGUUGUGGAGAAAGAUGCAGGGUCAGAAGAUGAAGAGGAGGAGGAUGUGAAACUCCUAAGUAUAUCUGGAAAUCGUUCUGCCCCUGGAAGAGGUAGCAAGUUUCCCCAGAAAAAAGUAAAGCUUGCUGCUGCUGCUGAAGAUGAUGAUUAUGAUGAUGAAGAUGAUGACAAUUUUGAUGAGGAAGUCGAAGAAAACACUCCAGUAAAGAAAUCUGUACGAGAUACUCCAGCCAAAAACGCACAAAAAUCAAACCAGAAUGAAAAAGACUCAAAACUGUCAACACCAAUAUUAAAAGGUCAAGAAUCCUUCAAAAAACAGGAAAAAAACACCUAA